GCAGCAGCAGCAGCAGGAGCAGUGUUCAUGUUCCCCCCGUGAUGAUGGCCCGUGUCUGGCUGUGGUCCCAUCGCCCAGUAGCAGGGACGGGCGGCGCCCACACCCGCACUCCGGGCUGUUGAGCGGGGCGCAGCCACGCUGUCGGCAGGCCGCCCAGGCCCGCCCUGAGGACCGCCCGCAGCAGCAGCAACGCCCGCGACGCUGCUUCUGCUGCUGGUGGUUGAGGUGGUGGCGCUGGCUGUUUGUGGCCGCGCCCGCCCACCAGCACCAGCAGGACAUCCCUCAGCAGGCGGCCGCUGCCCACCAGCAGGAGGCGUCCGCCGCGGCGCAACACACGCGUCACAAGUACCUGCUGAAGCGGCCCUACGAAGCCCAUUUUGGGCGCGCCGCCCCAUCCGAAGGCGAGGAGUGCAGGAGCCAGGAUCAGGGCCAGGGCUGGGGCCAGGGCCAGCCCACUAUGGCGCACCUACAGCCCCAGACCUCCCCGCCAGCCCACUGCUUCGUAAAGCGCACUUUCCACAAGCCCGUCUACUGCCACCACUGUACGGACCUCCUCUGGGGCAUCAUCGGCCAGGGCUACACCUGCGAGGUGUGCAACUUCGUGGUUCAUGACAAGUGUAUGAAGACUGUUGUCUCGCCGUGUUCCAGUGUGGCCCCAACACUUAUCAAGACACCUGUCGCUCACUGUUGGUCGGAACCUCUACAUCUGCGACGACGACACUGCAAUGUUUGUCGUAAGAAACUGGACGACACUUGGGCCAUCAAGUGUGAGGUGUGCGAGUACAACGUGCACGUGGAGUGUGAGGACUUCACCGUGCCCAACUGUAAGGACUGUGCCACCUUCGUCCCGGAGAAGACCCUUCCACAGGUGGUCCAGCAGCACCACUGGCGGGAAGGUAACCUACCCCCCAACUCCAAGUGUUUGGUGGACAAGAAGACCUGCUGGACGGGGGAGUGUCUGGCGGGCAUGAGGUGUGAGUGGUGCGGCUACACCGUGCACGCUAUGUGUGCUGACAAGCUGCCGGCUGACUGUACCUUCGGCCUCCUCGAGCCCAUCAUGCUCCCGCCCACUGCAGUGAGUAUCCCGCGGACGGAGGUGCCAAUGGAAGCGAUCAUUGGCGUCCAGACCAGGAGGAAGGACACCCUAUCACCACGCAGCAUAUCAGAAGAGUUCACGAGCGGCGACUACAAGGUGCGGGACACAGAGGAGCCGGCCAGAGACCGCACCAAAGACAGAGAUGAGAAGGACGAAGAGGUGGUAAAGGUGUUUGAUGGGAACAGUUCGCUGCGACGUCGCAUGUUCCGGCUGGUGACGGUGUCGCGAGCGGCGAGCGUGUCGGAGUUCCUGACGGCGGCGAUGCGGGCGUUCCACGUGCCGCAGGAGAACACCAAGACCUACCUGACGGAUGCUUACUCCGCCGAGGAGACCGAGCUCACUGACCCGCUGCCGGUCACCAAGCUCACACGACGAGACGGCAAGAGGCCAGCAGUCUUCCUCAGAUACAGGGAGAAGGACAACGACGAAGGGUGUAUCCGGGUGUACCCGUCACGCCUGGGGGGCGCCGUGGUGAUGGACCAGACGGUGCUGCCCGUCACCUCCGCCACCUGCGUCACAGACAUCAUCGCCCACGCCCUCAACAAGUUCGGUCUCCCUCACAGCAAGCCCGAGGACUACCGCCUCGUCGAGGUCAUGCUUGAUAAGGGCGUGUCGGAGCGGGUGAUGGAGAGCACAGAGCGACCAUGGGACCUCCUGAAGGCGGUGGGGCGUGACAGCAUCCGUCAGAUGGAGAUGACUCGCUUCUACCUGCAGCUGGUGAAGGACCCCCACGGUCCCAGCAUCGCCCUCUUCGUCGGCAGCCUCCCGCCAAACCUCUCCCAGCGCCAAUAUGAGAACAUCCUGGCUGACAUCGUAGGCAAAGCCGGCUACAAGUACUCCAGCAUCGGCCCCAUCUACUACGAGUACGGCUCAAUGGUGAUUACUUACGAGGACUCGGAUCUGGCCGUCAGGGCAUUCUACACCCUUAGAGAGUCCUGCUACGACGACAAGAACCUGCUGGUGAUGUUGCUGCCCAACAUACAGCCUCAGAUGAUCCCUGAAGGAGUACAGCCUCUCCUCGUCUUCGUCAACGUCAAGUCUGGAGGCUGUCAGGGGCUCGAACUCAUCACCUCCUUCAGGAAGCUCCUCAACCCAUAUCAAGUCUUCGACCUCGACAAUGGCGGACCUCUGCCAGGACUGUACGUCUUCCGGCAAGUUAAGAACUACAAGAUCCUGGUGUGUGGAGGAGACGGCACCAUAGGCUGGGUGCUACAGUGCCUGGACAACGUGGGUCAGGACUCGGAGUGCCAGCACCCUGCCUGUGCCAUAGUGCCCCUGGGGACCGGAAACGACCUGGCCAGGGUCCUCCGGUGGGGUCCCGGCUACAAUGGCGGCGAAGACCCCAUCAAUCUCCUGAAGGACGUCAUCGACGCCGAGGACAUCCGCCUGGACCGUUGGACCGUGGUCUUCCACCAGGACGAGAAGGUCGAGGACAAGCAGACCCAGACCAACUCUACAGGAAUGUCACGUCGUGGAAUGUACAUUACCCAUGGCCAGGAUUCGAACCGGCGACGCUGUGUCUCGAAAGAACACGUCCACCACAGCAUCCACGCAGGCUCCACCAGCGAGGACAACACGCAGAUCUUCGUCAUGAACAACUACUUCGGCAUUGGCAUCGAGGCGGAGCUGUGCCUUGACUUCCACAACGCCAGAGAGGAGAACCCUAACAAGUUCAACAGCAGACUACACAACAAGGGCGUCUACGUAAAGAUGGGUCUGCGCAAGAUGGUGUCGAGGAAGCUGUGCAAGGACCUCCACAAGGAGAUACGGCUGGAGGUGGACGGGCGGACGGUGGAGCUGCCGCCGGUGGAAGGAGUCAUUAUCCUCAACAUCCUCUCCUGGGGGUCGGGUGCCAACCCCUGGGGCCCAGAGAAGGACGACCAGUUCAAUAAACCCAACCACUGGGACGGGCAUCUGGAGGUGGUGGGGGUGACAGGCAUCGUCCACCUGGGACAGAUCCAGUCCGGGCUCCGCUCGGCCAUCAGGAUAGCACAGGGAGGACACAUCCGCAUCAAGCUGAACUCUGAACUUCCGGUGCAAGUAGAUGGAGAACCAUGGAACCAGGCACCGGGGGAGGUGGUAGUGCUCAAGUCUGCCCUCAAGGCCAACAUGCUCAAGAAGACCUCCAAGUCUAAACUGAGGAGGCGCAAUACUGAGCCAUCCAUGGUGGUCAACGAGCAGGCUAAGCUGGAGCCCAUCAGACCAGACCCAUCCUCCUCCUCCCACCCUCUCUAGUGUCUCUCCCAUGCCCACCCUCCUCCCACACCUUCUCAUUCCUCUCCCAUUACCUUAUCCUACACCACCUUCCCUUCACCUUCUCCUGCACUUCCUCCCGGUCCCCUCUUCAACAGCAACAAUCGCAGCAUCAGGCGAGGCCGGGCUUGACUGGGUCUGGGGUGGCCAGUUAGCAGUCAGUCGGCUAUCACACCAACACUACAACUCCUGCCGCCACAACUUCAACCUCUGCCAUCGCCGCCACAUCCACCACCGUCGCCGCCACAUCCACCACCGUCGCCGCCACAUCCACCACCGUCGCCGCCACAUCCACCACCGUCGCCGCCACAUCCACCACCGUCGCCGCCACAUCCACCACCAACGCCGUCACAUCCACCACCGUCAUCGCUGCCACAUCCACCGCCAUCAACUAGGCCACAUCGAGAAGGAUUAACGUGAAAGGUGUGAGUGAUGAGUGAGACUCAUUUGAAGCAGUGUGGUGAGGUGAGGGCGUGGUGUGUGUGUUAGGGCGGCUUGUAGGCUGUGUGAAGGAGGCACGGAGCGAGUGUCGGCUCCCCCACCAUCACCUCACACACACUCUGCUCAUGGUUGUACACAAGGACGAGGAAGGGCCGCCAGUUACCCAUCUCAAACAGUGUAAUUAGUUAUCUCUCAAAGCAUUCCAUAGUGUAGUGGGAGCGAUUGGUGUCGAUCCUACCUUCCUCCAUAGUGUAGUGGGUCUCUGCCCUCCUGAGCUGUGUAGUAGGGCUGGGGGGGGGGUGCUCUGCCCUCCUCUGACAGUAUUGCGGAAUAUUUGGGUAAGGUUUAGUGUUUGAAGGCUAGCUAGCUGCCUUCAUUCAUAAUGAAGCAGGGGUGGGCAGAGCUUUGGUUAUACCAUGGUGCAGCCAGGUAGAGUCAGGCAGUGUCCUGUCUCCUACCAUGGUGCAGCCAGGUAGAGUCAGGCAGUGCCCUGUCUCCUACCAUGGUACAGCCAGGUAGAGUCAGGCAGUGUCCUGUCUCCUACCAUGGUGCAGCCAGGUAGAGUCAGGCAGUGACCUGUCUCCUACCAUGGUACAGCCAGGUAGAGUCAGGCAGUGCCCUGUCUCCUACCAUGGUGCAGCCAGGUAGAGUCAGGCAGUGACCUGUCUCCUACCAUGGUGCAGCCAGGUAGAGUCAGGCAGUGCCCUGUCUCCUACCAUGGUGCAGCCAGGUAGAGUCAGGCAGUGCCCUGUCUCCUACCAUGGUGCAGCCAGGUAGAGUCAGGCAGUGACCUGUCUCCUACCAUGGUGCAGCCAGGUAGAGUCAGGCAGUGCCCUGUCUCCUACCAUGGUACAGCCAGGUAGAGUCAGGCAGUGACCUGUCUCCUACCAUGGUGCAGCCAGGUAGAGUCAGGCAGUGCCCUGUCUCCUACCAUGGUGCAGCCAGGUAGAGUCAGGCAGUGACCUGUCUCCUACCAUAUCACCCAAUGUUUCGGCCUGCAGAUAGGACCAAUGUAUGACUUAGUUUUGGCAAGAGACGGAUAUGAACACCAGAGCACGACCCACGCACCUUGUGUCAUGUUGGUGCGGCGUGUAUUAUGGCGUGAGACCAGUGCCGCCAUCCCUCGCUAUGGUUACUGCUGCUCUUGUUUCCACCACUCCCCCCACCCCCCUUGCUACUGCGUUAGUGCUACUCCCCCACCACUUGUGAUGCUCCCCAGGUGUGGAACGCCCCCACGUGUCACUCCACAAGGCUAAUAAACUCUUCAGGUGUGACUAACACCCCAGGUAUGGCCUCCAGGUGCGAAUCAUCUUUCCAGGCGUGACUGACGUCCAAAGAGUAAUUGUCGAACUCUGUGUAUUGUGUACACGGGGCACCUCUACAGCACUCACAUCCACAACGACCAAGGUCCUUCCACACCACCACCGGUUCUAGCAGGGUCCUCCACACCACCACCAGUGCUAGCAGGGACCUCCACACCACCACCGGUGCUAGCAGGGACCUCCACACCACCACCGGUGCUAGCAGGGACCUCCACACCACCACCGGUGCUAGCAGGGACCUCCACACCACCACCGGUUCUAGCAGGGUCCUCCACACCACCACCAGUGCUAGCAGGGACCUCCACACCACCACCGGUGCUAGCAGGGACCUCCACACCACUACCGGUGCUAGCAGGGACCUCCACACCACCACCAGUGCUAGCAGGGACCUCCACACCACCACCAGUGCUAGCAGGGACCUCCACACCACCACCAGUGCUAGCAGGGACCUCCACACCACCACCGGUG